UCGAUCAGUGGGCUCUCGUAUGGGCCCGGACCCUCGCGACACGGUAACGCGGCAGCUUGUCCGUACUGUCAGGAUUUAAGAUCCGAGACGAUAUCUGGAAACGACGGGAAACAUUACCAGUAUCUAAGGAAUCGAAGGCCGAACAAGUCUUGAUUUCUCUAAACAAUUAAAUUCUAAGUACGAAAUACUUUGUUUUAUGAAGGGCCACAGUUCCUGGUUAUUGAAAUCAGCGGAAAGAAACUCCAUUUGGGAGCGACUACUUCUGGAAACAACGGUACACGAAUCCGGAGAAAAGUUCUCCAGAAACAACGCUAAAGAGACCCUGAGCUGCACGCCCUACGAUGCCUAUGGUAAAACUUGUUUCAGCCCAACCCAUGGCUUUCGGUAAGAAUGCGCUACUACAGAAACGCUAUGAGAACCAAUGCAAUCACUUAGGGCACGACCAUCGCACCACCCAGCGGAAGAUUCAGGGCGUGGCAGAGCAAUGCGUGGUUUCCGCCUACAACCUACUGAUGGAGGCAGAGAAGCAUGAGCGAGAGAAAAUAGAGCGAGGGGACAUCAAGUAUGAUAGCUCCAAUGGCCGAUACUCAAGCAAGCCUUCACAGAGCAAGACACGUCGACACCUACAGAAGGUGCGUCCUAUGACGGCUGGUCCCGGAACCAGUACUCCACGAGUCGGGCAUGACAGGAAGAGGCCUUCCUCUGCCACUGCGAGCCUCGGCAAACAUAGUUCCUCCGUUAUUUCUAUGAUAGAGGUUGACAACGAUCAGACGGAGGAAAGUCAAAUGUCUGUGGAACGAAGAAAGUCAGCAUUAGUGAACUCUCAGUCAUCAGACAUUCAACAAUCACCAACUAAAAAUAUAAACCAAGUAGAACCGCAAUCUAAUUCUCAUUCAAAGCGGACCUCUGAUCUACAUGUUAUCAUCCCUAAAAAGCCAACAUCAACACAAAAUAGGGUACGGCUUCAACUAAAUCCUUCGCCCCUAAAGUCCCAAGAUCGGGACGGUAGACUCUUAACUGAUCGUUCUACAUCACGUGCGUCCUCUACGCUAUCCCCUGUACUGGAAGUAAAAGAAAAUAAUAAGAACUUACAUAAUGGGAAAACCCGUCGUCCACGGACGGCAGACGACUUCCGCCGGAAGUGUGAUGAGGACGAUAUGACAACAUACUGGAACAAGCGCGUCACAAAGCUGCUAAAAAGGUGGAAUCUAGAGGAUAUGUCUGAUCCUUUUCUUACCAAUGACGUUGUUUCUCAAAGUGACGAUAAUGUUACCCCUCGGAUGCCUUCCUCCCCGGUUCUCGAGCCCCCUACUCGUCCACAAGAGCCGCAGACGGAUGCUUCCCUUAAAACAAAGAAAUUCAUUCAUACAUAUGGAAGCCAUUUCCGUUCAUUGCUUCGGCCAAAUUCGGCACCUCCUGUGACCGAGAGCAAAGUUAGGCGCCGACCAGUUAAGGCGACUCGCCAGGAAAUGGCCAGCAUCAAGGCCGACAUAUCGCGCAGACGCAAACAGACAAAUGCAAUACUGAAAAAGAGUAAACAUAUUCGAAACCACAUACAAGCACUUGCAGACUGGAAGUACGAAGGGUGACAUCAGGACUGGAUACAUAAUUUUGAGAUUAUCAAACACAUCAGAUAUUAAAAGAAAGAC